GGCCCCAUGACCGGACCGGCUUCCGAAUUCGAUAUUUGGUUGCCUGAAAUAGAAAUCCAGUGGACGAAAUUGCCCUCCAUUUUCACUCGGAAUACCCAAUCACUCCAUCUUCUUCCUCAAGAUUCUAUCAACAGUCAAAGAUCCUCUCUCUCUACUGAUCAAUAAAUAUUCCCAAUCUACUGAGUCUCUGCCUCUUUCUCCCUUACUUUCUCCUCCAAUUUCUCCUCUGGUAUGGCGUCUCCUCGUCUCUCUUGACGCCAUGGCGGACAUGGAUUUCGUUGAGGGUGUUGGAGAGAGUUCUUCGCCGCCUAGAACCUUCGGAGCCUUCUGUGCUGUCCACGAUGUUCGGAACGAUGUUUAUACUCGGUUGGUGGAAAGUGGACACGAGGAGGCCGUUUCUAAUCCCGAAUUUCGCGAGAAUUUGGAUGCCCACUUCAAUCGCUUGCCUCCUAGUUAUGGACUUGAUGUUAACAUGGAGAAGGUGGAAGAUGUUUUGUUACAUCAAAAGCUUCUUUCCCUAGCAAAGGAUCCAGAGAAGUGCCCUGUUUACCACAUUCGUUUUCUGGAGCGCAUAAGUACUAAAUCAGAUGGCAAUGAUGAUCACAACCUUCACAACCUUCACAACCUUGACAGUACUCUUAUAAGUGGUUCAUCUAAUGAAGCAGCUGAUAGAAGAUUUCCACUGUCACACAAGAGAACUAGAGGCAAUAUAAUUGACUUCGAGCCUUGUUCCAAGCUUGAGGACUUGAAUUUGGAUGUUAAAAAGAACUCAAAGGCCACAGAUGGGAGAUAUCAUAUGGAAAAUUUUUCCGAAAGGCAGGGUAUUUCACAUGUUCCAAUACAUGAAGUGAUAUUUUCAACUGUUGACAAGCCAAAGCUUCUUAGCCAGCUUUCUGCUUUGCUUUCUGAUAUAGGACUUAACAUCCGAGAAGCACAUGUGUUUUCAACGUCUGAUGGUUACUCCUUGGAUGUAUUUGUGGUGGAUGGAUGGCCUGUUGAGGAAACUGAUGGUUUGUACGAAGCUAUGGAAAAAGCAGUUGCUAGAUAUGAGGGGUCAUGGUCCGGUUCUUCACAUUCUCAUUCAGCAGUCAAGAAAGCAUUAGACGCCCAAGCAAAAUCAGCAGAUUGGGAAAUAGAUAGACGGUUACUGAAGAUAGGUGAAAGAAUCGCAUCUGGAUCUUGUGGUGACUUGUAUCAUGGAUUAUAUCUUGGUCAAGAUGUAGCUGUCAAGAUAUUAAGAUCUGAAGAUUUAAAUGAUGAUUUAGAGGAUGAAUUCAAUCAAGAAGUGGAAAUUCUCAGGAAGGUCCAGCAUAAAAAUGUAGUUCGUUUUAUAGGUGCUUGUACAAAGUCUCCACAUUUGUGUAUUGUAACAGAGUAUAUGCCAGGAGGGAGUCUUUACGAUUACUUGCACAAGAACCAUUGUGUGUUAAAGCUCUCACAACUGCUGAAGUUUGCUAUUGAUGUUUGUGAAGGAAUGGAAUACUUACAUCUAAAUAACAUUAUUCAUAGAGACUUGAAGACGGCAAAUUUGCUAAUGAAUACUCAACAUGUUGUAAAGGUGGCAGAUUUUGGAGUUGCGCGUUUCCAGAGCCAAGAAGGAGUAAUGACAGCAGAAACUGGAACAUACAGGUGGAUGGCGCCUGAGGUAAUAAAUCAUCUGCCAUAUGAUCAGAAAGCAGACAUUUUCAGUUUUGCGAUUGUUCUAUGGGAACUAGUGACAGCAAAGGUUCCUUAUGAUUCCAUGACACCACUACAAGCUGCCCUUGGAGUAAGACAGGGACUACGUCCAGAUCUUCCCAAGAAUAUGCACCCUAAAUUGUUGGAUUUGAUGCAAAGAUGUUGGGAUGCAGAUCCUUUAACCCGGCCUCCAUUUACUGACAUAAAAGUUGAACUUGAGAAUCUCCUUGAAGAAGUUCAGAUGUGUACAAAAUAUGAGGAAAUUUGUGCAGCAGUUAAUGGCAGCUGAUCUACUCGUAGAAGUGCAGAUAUCAACUCGGCUUUACCAUGUAUUUUGCGUGAGAAUAUUUAUUUUGUUUUCCAUUUUCUGUUCUUCAUAUAGUUAUACAGAUACUGUACAUCUGAGAGAGAGAGAGAGAGAGAGAGAGAGAGAGAGAGAGAGAAGUAUAGAGGCUGCUCAGCACAAAAAGAGAAAAGAAAACGAAAAAUAGCAUGUUCUCAUUACAAAAAUACUCAGCCACGGGUAUAUUCUCAGCAAAUAUAGUAAAAUGAGCUGUUGUUAACCUUUCCAAGUUGUCCAAA